AUGGCUUCCAAUGCGAACAAUCACAUGGAGCAAUGUCUCCAAUCCAUCUGGGCUCAUGUCCUUAACCUGCCACAUGUUCCUCUCGACCAAUCUUUCCUCUCUCUAGGCGGAGACUCUAUUUCCGCAAUGCAAGUCGUUGGUCAGUGCCGAAAGGACGGCAUGAGCCUUGGCGUUCAAGAGGUUCUACGAAGCCGGUCCAUCGCCCAGCUGGCAACUGCGGUCAAAGACGUCGAGAGCUCGUCUUACGACCACCAGGAAUACUUUGAUGAAGAAUUUGACCUCUCGCCCAUUCAAUCGCUCUACUUCCAACGACCAAACACAGAUGGCCACUUCAACCAAUCUUUCUAUCUACGAGUAGCUCGCAAAACCAGCCAAAACGAAUUUCAUGCUGCAGUCAAACAGCUCGUCACGCGACACUCCAUGCUACGCGCGCGAUUUUCUUAUUCCGCCCAACGAGGAUGGCAACAGCGUCUCACAAAUGACAUCGAUGGCUCAUAUCGGUUCCGUCAUUUAGCUGUAACCUCUCAAGCCACAAUUGACGCCUCCAUCGCGGACACGCAGCAAUGUCUUGAUCAUGCUGCAGGUCCAUUAUUCGGUGCAGACUUUUUUGACUACGGUACCCAGCAAUUUGCGUUCCUCACUGGUCACCAUCUGGUUGUUGACUUGGUCACGUGGCGAUUGCUGUUGGAAGAGCUCGAAGAAAUCUUGAAGGGCGGACAGCUCCUUGCCCCUGCACUUCCAUUCCAGAAAUGGGCGGAACUGCAACAAGAGCAUGCCGAGUCUCUAGAGCUCAGUGAGCUUCUUCCCGAAGUACAGGUUCCUCCCUUGGACUUCUCUUACUGGGGCAUCCGGCAUCAGGAUAACACCUAUGGCAAUGCCAGCCAUGCCAGCUUCGAACUCGACAACGAUCUCAGCUUGGCAUUUCUCACUACCUGUCACAGUGCCUACAGUACAGAGCCGGUUGAAGUCUUACUUGCAUCAUUAAUUCAGUCUUGGUCUCAAGUUUUCACAGAUCGCCCGAUACCUGCUAUAUUCAAUGAAGGCCAUGGUCGCGAGCCGUGGGACUCCACUAUCGAUAUCACGCGGACAGUAGGAUGGUUUACCGCACUAUCACCUAUUCUUGUAACACCAUCCGAUAAACCUACCGACACUGUCCGUAAGACCAAGGAUUUCAAACGCCGGAUUCCCGGAAACGGUCGGCCAUAUUUUGCUCGGCGCUGUCUUACACAAGAUGGUCGUGAAAAUUUCAAAUCGCACUGGCCAAUGGAAAUCCUAUUUAACUAUCUUGGUCAAUACCAGCAACUCGAGAGGGCAGAUGCACUUCUGCAACCCCUAGGUACCAUGGCCGGUGAGACUGGCAAGGCUGGCGGUACCUCUGACUUUGGCCACCGUACUUGCAGAUGGGGUCUUUUUGAGAUCUCCGCCUUCGUGUUCAAAGGCCGUCUUAAAGUUGCGUUUACUUUCAAUCGGGACAUGUCCCAUCAAGCGCAGAUUCUGAGAUGGAUCUCCGAAUGUGAGGCAACGAUUUCAAACAUGAUUCGUGGUCUCAAUGCACUGGAUCCAAAGCCGACUCUCAGCGACUUUCCCCUACUCCCCCUGACCGAAGCAAGCUUCGAAUCAAUUCUUGAUAGGCUUUCAACAAUGGGCAUCCCGGAUACUGAUAUUGAGGAUAUAUACCCUUGCUCCAGUAUGCAAGAAGGUCUCUUGUUAUCACAGACCAAAGACUCGGGAUUCUAUGCUGCGGCCACCCUUCAUGAAGUCGUCACACCGACGCCGCAUAUGUCCUGUCAGAUCGUGGCUGGGGCUUGGCAACAAGUUGUGAACCGUCACCCUGCGUUGCGAACCAUCUUCAUGGAGAAUGUGGGCGUCAAGGGUCUGUACAACCAGAUCGUCCUCAAACAAAUCGAAGCCAACAUCGUCUACCUCGAGGCAACCAAUGAGCAGGAUGCCGUAAAGCCCAUCGAAAACCAACGGUCAAUACCUUAUAAUUACGGGCGGUGUCCAAAUCACCGCUUCACCAUCUGCACCACAGCCGAUCAAAGAACCUUCUGCUCUCUAGACAUCAGUCACGCGAUCAUGGAUGGACAUUCCAUGAGCUUACUGAUCAGCGAACUGCGGACAGCAUGUGAGGGACAGCUUUUGCUUGACAGUACCCCGCUCAGCGCGUACAUCUCAUGGCUUGGCCGCCAACCCGAAGAAGCCAGCCUUGAUUUUUGGAAAUCUUACCUGCAUGGUAGCGAGAUCUCUUCCUUCCCAGCACUGGAUGACGGCCAGGGCCAUCUUGUGGAAAAAGAUCUCGUGACCAUUCGCAUGGAUUUGACUAGCAUCAGCUUGACCGACUUACAGAACUUCUGCAACGCCAACGGAAUCACACUGUCGAACGUCUUCCACACAGCAUGGGCGCUCACACUCAGUUGUUAUAUCGGAAGCAAGGAUGUCUCCUUUGGCUAUCUCACAUCUGCGCGAGAUUCGGAAGAGAUUGAAGGCGUCGAGAGUAUCGUUGGGCCACUGAUCAAUACCCUUGUAUGCCGGGUCAACUUGUCAGAUGCCUCACGAUGUCUUCUCGAUAUUUUGCAGGACGUCCAGAGGGAUUACAUGGAGGCGCUUCCCCAUCGCCACACAGCUUUGGCUGAUGUGCAACACGCUCUCCAGUUAUCGGGUGGAAACCUGUUCAACACUGCGCUCUCCUAUCGUCGCUUGCCUCAAGAGCAUACGGCUGAUAGUUCAGGUGUCAUUUUGCACCAAGUUCGCCCUAUUUAUGAUCCUACCGAAUAUCCCGUCAGUAUCAAUAUUGAAGUCGGCGAAGAGACCGCGGCAGUUGACCUCGACUAUUGGACAGACCACCUCACUGCUAUCCAAGCGACCAACGUUGCCAACACCUUUUUCCGAGCUCUCGAGAACAUCUUUUCCAAUGCCAAGCGGCCAUUGUUCGCAUUGGACCAUUUAAGCACACAGCAUGUCCAACAAAUCUGCGAUUGGAACAUCAUGCCAGCAACUAUCAACGAGUGUGUACACGAAGUGUUUGCUCACUGGGCUGUAAGGCAACCAGAGGCCCCAGCAAUAUGCGCACAUGACGGAGAAUAUACCUAUGCCGAGCUCGACCGUGUGACUGAUCGGUUGGCGCAUCACCUUGUCCGGCUAGGUGUUGGGCCUGAGGUAUUCGUCCCUACGUGCUUUGAUAAAAGCUUGUUCGCCGUUGUCGCUAUGCUUGCUGUUCUCAAGGCAGGCGGGGCUGCAGUUCCUCUUGACGCUACGCAUCCCGCAACCGCGCUACAAACGCGUCUUGAGGAUGCUGGAGCAAGCCUAGCCAUGACAACAGCGGCACGCGCGGCAAAGUUUGAAGGGCUUGUAAAUGAGGUUAUCGUUGUAGACGACUUGUUUUUGCAGAGCCUCCCAGCAGUUCAUGGUCCCGCCUGCACGAGUGUCCAGCCUCACAAUCCGGUGUUCGUGAUCUUCACCAGCGGGAGCACCGGACGACCAAAGGGCGUCGUCCUGGAACACGCAGCUAUCGUUACCAGUGCGGAAGCUCAUGGCUCAAAGAUCGGGCUUGGUCAGAACUCACGCAUGCUUCAGUUCGCUUCUUACACAUUCGACAACUCACUGGAGGAGAUGUUCACUACCCUACAGAGAGGAGGUUGUGUAUGCAUCCCCUCAGAGGCUGAUCGUGUAAACGAUCUUCCUGGUGCCAUUGCUAGGCUUAAUGUCAACAUGAUGGACCUUACGCCGACGGUAGCUGCAUUGCUUCGCCCAGAAGAGGUUCCCACAGUAAAACGCAUGUGUCUUGGUGCGGAGCCACUGACCAAAGCAUUGGUUGAAUUGUGGAGUCAGCAUGUUGUGCUCAUGGGUCAGUAUGGGCCCAGCGAAGCGUCAAUAAACUCGGCUUUCAAGGAUUUCAGUGAUGGUCGUGGUGAAGCCACCAAUAUAGGCAAAGCUGUCGGCUGCGUCACAUGGAUUGUGGAUCCAGAAAACCGCAAUCGCUUGAUGCCAAUUGGGUGCAAAGGAGAGUUGCUACUCGAAGGUCCGAUUCUCAGCCGCGGCUAUCUCAAUGACAUCGAGAAGACACAGGCAGCCUUCAUCAUAGACCCAGAAUGGGCUUGCGCUAAAGGGCCGACCGGGCGCCGGCUCUAUUGCACUGGAGACCUGGUCCAGUACACGUCGGACGGCGAGAUGAUGUAUCUGGGUAGGAAAGACUCACAGGUCAAGCUGCACGGGCAGCGCAUUGAGCUAGGCGAGAUUGAGCACCAUCUCAAGCUCAAUCUUUCAGCCGGUGCUAAGUCGGCUGUGGAACUGGUGAAUUUUAACGACAGCAUUGGCAGCAAGGCGCUAGUAGCAUUCUUGUGCCUCUCGGAUGGAGACGAGGUUGCAGCAAUCAGCGACAUGACAGAGUCACUUCGGGUGGUGGCUAAGGAGGUUGAAAUGGCGCUUGCCAAUGCGCUCCCUGUCUAUUACGUUCCCUCUGUUUUUAUGCCAGUCACGCGCAUGCCAAUGACGACCUCAGGAAAGCUAGACCGCAAGGUGCUGCGGGCUCUCGCAGCGGCCGUCUCCGAGUCCCAGCUAGCAUCCUUCCGCCUGGCAGGCAAAAGCGGCCGUGCGCCCCAAGGUCAUGCCGAACUCACGUUGGCGCGUUUAUGGGCUUCAGUUCUGAAACUGAAUGGGGGAACAGGUGCUGUUGGCGCUGAAGACUCCUUUUUCCGGCUCGGCGGUGAUUCAAUCAGCGCAAUGAAACUAGUGACCGCAGCUCGCAAGGAUGGAGUCUUGCUGAAUGUGGCCAAUGUCUUUUCACAUCCGAAACUGAUGGACCUAGCCGCCACGGCCAUUGUAUCUUCUUCGGAAGAGGUUCGAGAAAUCAUUACCGACGUUCUCCCAUUUGAGAUGCUUGCAGCAGGCAAUCGCCAGAAAAUCCUUGAGCUGGCCGCGUCUGAGUGUGGUGUUCCCUCGAACUCCAUUGAAGACAUCUAUCCAUGCAGCAAACUUCAGGAGGGUCUUAUAAUGCUGACUAACAAGGACCCUGGAACUUAUGUGAUCCAGCCAGUAUACAGCUUGCCAACAGAUAUCGAUCUAUCUCGCUUCAAGGCGGCCUGGAAGGCUGUAGUGGCAACUGAAGCCAUCCUUCGUACACGUAUCGUCUACUCUGAACAGUAUGGUUUCAUUCAGGUUGUUAUACGGGAAGAGCUCCCUUGGCAUUCUCUCUCUAACAUCCAGGAUGUCAAUGAAAGUACCAGAAGACUCCCCGCCAAGAAUGGUGCCCCUCUUACCACCUUUACGCUUGUAGGAGAAACGACCGCACAAUCAUUCUUUGUCUGGACCGUUCAUCACGCUAUAUACGACGGCUGGAGCUGGAAAUCUCUGUUCGAAAAAGUAGAAAAGCACUAUCGCAACGAUGGACAAGACAUCCCGCCUGUUGUACCCUACUCACGCUUUGUCAAGUAUCUCUGUUCGUUGGAUCAAAGGGAAUCUGACAAUUUCUGGCUCUCACAACUCGACAACAUCACGACUACUCAAUUUCCUCAGUUGCCAUCUCCAGAUCACCACGUCCAGACAAAUGGUCAGCUGCUCCGACGUUUACAGUUUACGCGGAAUGCGGACCUGGAAGUCACGGUCCCGUCUAUGAUCCGCGCCGCCUGGGGCCUUCUCCUUGCCAUAUAUUCUGGAUCAGACGAUGUAGUAUGGGUGGAGACCAAUAGUGGACGGGAAGCUGCCGUUCCAGGGAUCGAGGCUAUUAUCGGUCCUACCAUCACGACUGCACCCGUACGAUUGCGGCUCAACCGUAGCUUGACUGUUCACGAAUAUCUGAAAGAGACUCAGCGCCAGUCAACGCAAUCGCUGCCGUACCAGUUCGCGGGCCUACAGCACAUCCGCAAACUGAGCUCUGAGACGGCCAUUGCCUGCGAGGCCCAGAGCUUUCUCGGUAUUGAGGCUGCCGAUGAAAACGACACCAACAGCUCACUCUGGCAUAUGGAGAGUAGUAACACUGUUGGUACGGAUUUCAUCAACUAUGCAUUCAUCUUCAACUGCAAAGUUGGCCCACAUGAUAUCAGCGUGGAAUCCUUGUUUGACGAUCGCGUCGUAGACAGAUGGCUCGUUGAGCGCAUCGCCCAACAAUUCGAAUUUCUCAUGGGUCAGCUCAAUGCCAGCAGCAGCAUCAACAAGAAGCUUGACAAUGUCGAGCUACUGAAUCCGUCCGACCAAGGUUUACUUCAUACAUGGAACAGUCAGCCUGUGGAUAUCAUCUCUAGAUGUAUUCAUAAAGUCAUCGAGGAGGAUCAGAUUGCUCAGAGGCCCACUGCACCUGCAGUUGAUGCCUGGGAUACUGGUGUCAUGACUUACAAAGAACUCGAUGAGCGAGCUACUGCACUUGCGUAUCGAUUGACAGCCUUGGGUGUCAAGCGGAAACAGUUCAUACCGAUUUGCUUCGACAAGUCUGGCUGGACUAUUGUUGCCAUACUUGCGGUUCUCAAAGCAGGCGCAGCCUUUGUACCUCUGGACUUUGAGUCUCCAGUUCUUCGACUUCGCGAGAUCAUAGGCGAUGUAGGCGCGGAAUUGCUCUUAUGUGCGCCGCAGUAUGAAGAGCUCUGUGAGUCGAUCCCAUGCAAAGCCCAGGUUGUAGACAGAGAGACGACCAUCUCCAACAAGAAACCCAUGUUGCCCCUGCCUUUAGUUCACUUCAAUGACCCCGCCUACGCAUUCUAUACCUCCGGAUCGACUGGCAAGCCAAAAGGAGCCGUUGUAAACCACGUCCAUUGGGUCACAAGUUCAACGGCGUUCGCCCCAGGCUGGAAGAUAUCAGAAGCAUCGAGGAUACUUCAGUUUGCUUCUUACACGUUUGAUGCAUGCUUAAUCGAGAUCUUCACUACGCUCAUGAACGGUGGCACUGUGUGUGUCCCAGAUCAAGCUUCUCGAACGAACGACCUCGUAGGCGCCAUCAACAAGUUCAAUGUGAACUGGGCUGCCUUGACACCAUCAGUCGUCCGCACAAUGACCCCAUCGCAAGUACCGCACCUGGAAACCCUAUUUUUGGUUGGUGAGGCCAUGUCUCAGCAAGAUCUUACCACUUGGGCUGAUAAGGUCACACUCGGAAACGGUUAUGGGCCAACUGAGUGUGCAUGUGUUGCGACAUGCAACAUCAUGACACCCCACACAAGACCAAACAACCUGGGCAAGGUCAUCACCGCUAGAGGUUGGGUUGUUUCGAGAAACAACCACCAUUCUCUUGCACCUGUCGGAGCCGUCGGCGAGCUGUUACUGGAAGGAGGGGCCGUUGGUGCUGGAUAUCUCAAUAACCCAGAGAAAACAGCGGAGGCAUUCCUUAAGGAUGUGAAGUGGCCUGCAGGUCUACUGUACAGUCAGGAUCCUGCACCCAUACGGGUUUACAAGACCGGAGACUUGGUGAAGUACAAUGAAGAUGGUACCAUGCUGUAUCUCGGCCGUAAGGACUUCCAGGCUAAGGUUCGGGGUCAGCGCUUGGAACUUUCUGAAGUCGAGCAUAAGCUCCUGGAUGACCACAUGGUACAGAGCGCCUUUGCCUCGGUCCCUACAAAGGGACCUUGUGCCAAACGACUAGUCGCAAUCAUCACACUGCAAAACGUUCUAGCUGGUCUGUCGAGUGGUCCAAACCCACUGCAGAUUUUGCCCCAAGAAACCGCAUCGCUUAGCGUCGCCAACAUCAGGGACAGCCUUUGCGAACGCUUGCCGGCAUACAUGAUACCGUCAUUGUGGGUGGCUAUCGAUCGCUUUCCUUUGAUGCCUUCAGGGAAACUAGACCGAAGACGUGCAUUGCAGUGGCUAGAGGAAAUUGAUCAAGCAACAUACCGAAUGAUCUCAACCAUGGGUGUGGACGAUGCAGAAGUCAACAGUGGAAGCUCUGUAGAGUGCAAACUCCAAGAGAUCUUUGCGAAAACACUGAACCUUCCGACCAGCGACAUCCGGCUCAAUCAGUCAUUCUUACAUCUCGGUGGAGACUCAAUUGCGGCUAUGCAGGUCUCGUCGCAAUGUCGGGCACAAGGCAUGCCCAUCAGCGUCAAAGAUAUCAUCUGUGCAAAGUCCAUCACUGCAUUGGCCUCUAUGGUUGAUCUUUCUCAAGUUGCCGAACCUCUACCCGAGGUUGCAGAAUACUCUUUGCCGUUUGGUCUCUCACCCAUCCAGAAGGUGUUUUUUGAAACUGUGGGCGAUUCCUACAACCAUUUCAACCAGGCCGAAACCUUGAAACUUUCCCGGCAUGUUGAUGAGAAGGAGCUUCGAACUGCUCUAGUAGCUCUGGUCAAGAUUCAUCCUAUGCUUCGCGGACGGUUCACUAGGAAUGAGAUCGGUAUCUGGAAGCAGCGAAUCGAACAAAGCGUCGAUAACUCGUUCAGGUUACGACAUCACCGGGUGCAAAGAUUGGGCGAUUCUGCCUUGCAGGCUGCAUUUGACGAGAGCCAGGCCAGCUUGGACAUUACGAAUGGGCCUACAUUCGCGAUCGAUCUUUUUGAAGCUGAGGAUAAUUUUUCUCAGGUACUGACGCUGGUCGCUCACCACCUGGUCAUUGAUAUUGUCUCAUGGGGUAUUCUUCUUGAAGAUCUCCAGGGACUGUUGAAUGGGAUUCAGCCUCCGCCUCAGAGCUUGCCUUACCAUACUUGGUUGCAGCAACAAUUCCUUCAGGUGAAACAAGAAAAUGUUGGAAGUAUAUUCCCUGCUGUCGAUGUUCCACCAGCCAGAUUUGACUACUGGGGCAUGGAAGGACGACCAAACCUCAACGGUGACUCAAUUGGUGAGGAGGUACAACUGUCGACCCGGGAUACACUGCUCCUUCUUGGGGCUCAAGAUGCUUUGGAGACCGAAAUUGUAGACAUACUUGUUGCGGCGCUCUUUGAGUCUUUCCGGAGCACGUUCCCUGACAGGUCUACAAUCUCAAUACACAAUGAAGGUCAUGGUAGAGAAACGUUCAAUUCUCGCCAGGAUCUGUCACGUACAAUUGGCUGGUUCUCGACCGCAACGCCCAUCUUUCUGCCAGUACCUUUGGACGAGAAGACUGAUAUUGUUAGCACGAUUCAAUGGGUCAGGGACUUCAGGCUCCGAACUUCGGACAAGGGACGACCGUACUUUGCCUACAGAAAUCUGACUGACGAGGGCAAGAUUCGGUUUGCAAGCCACUGGCCCGCCGAGGUCUUGUUCAACUAUGUCGGAAAGCUGCAACAUCAAGAUCGCAAGAGCGGGAUAUUCAAUGCCUUGACUGAGUUGAAUUCACUGGAGAUCGGAGAUCAGACCCCUCGUCUUGCCCUGUUCGAUGUGACUGCUUCCGUCUCCAAGGGAGCUAUCAAGAUCGCGUUUGAAUGGAACCGUAACAUGAACCGACAAGAAGAGAUAAGCUCAUGGGUUAGCCAAUGUCGCCAGACUCUUGUUGAUGCUAUCGAUGAACUGUUGCAAGUUCGGCAAGAACAAAGCCUCAAGAAUAUUCGCGGUCUGCCACUGAUUUACAAUGGGAUUGACCGGAUCACAAAAGCUCUUCCUACGGACGUAACUCUCCCGGAUGUCGAGGAUAUCUACCCGACAUCCCCGAUGCAGCAAGGUCUACUUUUCACACAAUCCAAGAACCCAGAUCUCUACACAUAUCAGACGAUUUGCCAGGUGAAAUCGACGGACAACAGCCCUGUGGACCCUCGCGGGCUUGCUGAGGCAUGGCAGGUGGUUGUCCAUCGUCACCAAGCCCUGCGUACUAUUUUCAUUGAUAGUCUUGCUAGAAAUGGCUCCAAAGAUCAGAUUGUUAUCAAGGAGAAGGCUGGGAAAGUGCAGUUCCUCGCUGGUUGCGACGAUCAACGGGUUGCGAGUGUGCUACACGAGCAAGCUCCCAUCGACUGCCGCGAGGCUGCCCCACCGCACAGGAUGACCAUUGCUCAAACUAAGGCUGGAAAAGUUUGGAUGAAGCUCGAGAUUAGCCACGUAAUCAACGACGGCACUUCGGUGUCCAACAUGCUGGUCGAUCUUGCUCGUGCCUAUGCGAAAAAGCUGUCGAGAGCUGAUACUGGCCCUCUCUAUUCCGAUUACAUCGAAUAUGUCCUCUCGACCCCUAGGGAUGCCGACAUCGCUUACUGGAAGAACUACCUUGCGGGAAUUGAGCCAUGCUUCUUCCCGACCUUGAAUGAUGGUAAACCUCUCGACCGUAAGCCAGCUUCAGUCGUUGUGGAGCUGCGUCAGGUUGAUCCAGUCCAUGCCUUCUGUAGGCAAAAUGGUGUUACUCUUUCCAAUGUCCUUCAACUCGUCUGGGCUUUGACUCUACACUGCUACGUCGGCGCUUCUGAUGUGUCGUUUGGUUUGGUAGCAUCAGGUCGCGACAUACCUGUGAACAACAUUGAGUCCGCUGUGGGGUGCUUCAUUACGAUGCUUUGCGCUCGUUUGGUGUUCUCAGAUACUACUACCAUUGCCGAACUCCUGCAGUCCCUUCAAGCAAGCUCUACGGAUGCAUUGUCUCAUCAGAACUGCUCUCUCGCCGAUGUUCAGCAUGAGCUGCAACUCCCUGCUCUAUUCAACACCGCUUUUACUUUCCAACGCCGGAGUUUGUCUCGCGAUCCUGACCAGAUGGCUCUUGUGUACGACGAUAUGGAAGCCGACGACGCUGGCGAGUACAUCGUCACCGUCAAUGCGGAUGUCACAGACGACAGCAUCAUUGUGGACUUUGGCUAUUCCAAAGACAAGAUUAUUCCUACUCAAGCUCAAAACAUGGCCGAUACAUAUGAAAAGAUCCUGCAGGUCAUCGUGGGAAAUUCUGCUAGCGAGCUCACUGUCGGAAACGUAGACGCGUCCACGGAUGGCAGCCUCCGUCAGAUCUUGGGAUGGAACUCGGAACUUCCGCCCCCCAUCAACCGCUGCGUACACAGAGUCAUCCACGAUCAAGCUCUCACAAGGCCACGCAUGACUAAAGCAGUCGAGGGAUGGGAUGGCUCAUUCACCUACCAAGAGUUUGACCGGAUCACCGACCAGCUGGCCGCUCAUCUCCAGUCGAUUGGCAUCAAGACCGAGACAUUCGUUCCUAUUCUGUUUGAGAAAUCUUCGUGGGCUAUCAUCAGUAUGAUCGCGAUCAUGAAAGCAGGCGGAGCAUACGUGCCUCUCGAUCCAAAGCAUCCACAAUCACGUCUCCGCGAACUGAUAGGCGACGUUGGUGCAGAAAUUGUCCUGUGCUCCCGUCAAUACCAACCCAAAGCGGCGGAAGUGGCUAAGACUCCGAUGAUUGUUGAUCAGCGAUCAAUAAAGAAACUAGCUCUGCCAGCAUCUAGCGAGUCACUUGCUGCAUCAACCCCAGACAAUGCGGCAUACUGCUUGUUCACAUCUGGUACCACUGGAAAGCCAAAGGGAACCAUCAUUUCUCACCGGGCCUUCUGCACCAGUGCAGCUGCCUUUACGCGUCGCAUGAACAUCAAUGCCACGUCGCGAACCUUCCAGUUUGCUUCGUACACGUUUGAUGCUAGUUGUAUUGAGAUCCUCUCUGCAUUGACAGUGGGUGCUACAGUCUGUGUACCGUCAGAGGAUGACAGAAUGAACAAUCUGGCUGGCGCGAUUCGUAAACUGAAAGCCAAUUGGUCGCUCCUCACUCCCUCUGUUCUAGGUACUGUUGAGCCAGAUCGCGUUCCUUGCUUGAAGACUUUGGUGUCUGGAGGAGAGGCGCUCCCAGGACAUAUUCUCAAGAAAUGGGGUGCCAGUACAUGUUUCAUCAAUGCAUAUGGGCCGACUGAGUGUUCAGUCGUAGCCGCCACUGCCUACAAGUCCACAUUGGAUCACAAAUUGAUUGCGUCCGAACCCGGCACUAUCGGUACCGGAAGUGGAUGUCGGUUGUGGAUUGUUCACCCAAGAAAUCACGACAAGCUCAUGCCCGUCGGCACAGUGGGUGAACUAGUGAUCGAAGGGCCUACCGUGGCCCGCGGAUAUCUGAACGAGGAAGAAAAGACUAGAAAAGCCUUCAUCACUGAUCCUGCAUGGGUAUCAACUAUCGCUGCGCGAGUCGGCACAUUCGAAGCUGUCCGUAUGUACAAGACAGGUGACUUGGUCCGCUACAACAGCGAUGGUUCCGUGAGCUAUGUUGGACGCAAGGAUACACAAAUCAAGCUCAAUGGACAGCGAGUUGAGCUGGGCGAAAUCGAGUAUCAUGUUGCUCAGAACCUCCCAGAGAACGUUCAGUCAGCCGUGGAGCUGAUUGCACCAUCAAACCGGAGCACAGCAAAGGCUUUGGCAGUGUUCUUCGCCAUAGCUCAACCUUCUACGGCUGAUGAAGAAGACUCUGAACCGCCUGCAUCGGCUGAUGCAGCCUCUGAAGAGCUGCUUCUUCCACUGGACGACGAGCUGCGCGACAUAUGCAAGAACGCGGAAAAUGGCCUCGCCGGAUCAUUGCCCACAUACAUGAUACCCUCCAUCUUUGUACCAGUCAAGAAGAUGCCAUGGACGUCAGCUGGAAAACUGGACCGCAAUCGCUUGCGAGGAUCAGUGCAAGAUCUCACCCGUGACGCAUUGGCCAUGUACCGACUGAGCAGCAUGGCAAACAAGAAACAGCCCACCACGGAUGUAGAAAAGAAGAUUCUCAGAGCUGUCUGUACAGUGCUCAAUCUCCCUGCUUCUUCAGUUGGUAUUGAUGACAGCUUCAUCCGUCUUGGUGGUGAUUCAAUAUCAUCUAUACGCCUUAUUGCAAUGCUGCAAACCGAGCAGCUGGAGCUAUCAUUCGUCGACAUUUUCAAGUCUCCCAAGCUCGCCAACCUGGCCAAGAUUGCCAAACGUACUGGUUCUGCUGGUCAAGAAGAAAAGGCCAUAGAACCAUUUGAGCUGCUUCGAGAGCCUGUUAAAAAAUCGGAUGUACUAGCUCAGGCUGCGCAACAAUGCCAUCUGGCUGAAGUGCAUGUACAAGAUGCGUAUCCGACAAGUCCGCUCCAAGAUGCGCUCAUCACGCUCUCCAUCAAGCAGCCUGGAGCAUACGUUGCGCAGCAUGUCUUAGCACUUCCUCAUUCUGUGGACAUAAAUAAGUUCAAGGCGGCAUGGGAAAAGGCUGUUGGUGAAAUCGACAUCCUUCGCACGCGCAUCAUUCAGUUGCCAUCUGGGGAUUUCAUGCAGGUGGUGCUCAAAGAAGACCGGAUUGAAUGGCACGAGGCCCAGUCGCUUCAGGAAGCUCAGGCCGAGGUGUUCCAGAUUCCAUCGCACCUUGGUGACCGCCUUGCAGCCUACACACUUGUCAGCGUCAAGCCCAAGCAGAGGUACCUUGUCUGGACAUUGCAUCAUGCUCUUUACGACGGCUGGAGUAUCUACCUGAUGCUACAACGUGUACAGCAAAUCUACAUGAAGGGUGCAUCGACGAUGCUGCAGACCCCUUACGCUCGAUUCGUAAAAUACCUGUCAAAUAGGGACCACAGUAUUUCAAAGGGAUAUUGGAAGGAGACUCUGACCGGGUCUGAUGCGUACCAAUUUCCUCGAGCAUCACACGUCAACACGAAGAGCACACUGAACGGACAGACACUUCAGCACCAUGUAAAGCUCGCGCCUCAUAAACACGUUGACAUUACGCCAAGCAACGUUGUUCGCGCAGCCUGGGCUCUAGUUCUUGCAGCCUAUACGAACAGCAGCGAUGUUGUCUUUGGAGAGACACUUGCAGGGAGAGACGUCGCAGUAAGUGGCAUCAUGGAUGCUUGUGGCCCAGUUUUGACGACCGUUCCAACACGAGUGAGGGUCGAUAGUGGCGCCACCGUGCGUGACUUUCUUCAAGCAAUCGCCUCCAGAGUGACUGAACGGAUACCACAUCAACACUACGGCAUCUCUGCCAUCAAGGCGAUAGGUGGAGAAGUGGCAGCCGCAUGCGACUUCCAGAAUCUCCUCGUUGUUCAAACAGAAAACGAAGCACUGAACGACUCAGUGUGGUCCGUGUACGACAACGGCAACCAAAGCAACUUCUUCACAUACCCUCUUGUGAUUGAAUGUAAGCUAGGUGCAUCGACCACAGAGAUCCUAUUCCACUUUGAUGCGGACAUUAUCUCCUCUUGGAAUGUUCAGCGUCUCGCCUACCAGUUUGAGUCUGUGUUACACCAACUCCAGACGGUGGCUCGCGUCAACCAAAUCACCGUUUUCAGUGAGCAAGACAAGCAGCUUAUUGGAAGAUGGAAUUCCAACGAACCUGCACUGAUUGAAGAUACUGUACCCACGCUUUUCCUGAGGAAAGCUGCAUCUCAACCUGACGCGACGGCAAUUGCAGCACACGACGGCGAGCUUACGUAUGCUGAACUCAGCACGUAUGCAUCCAAGUUGGGUAAAGAACUUGUCAAACUUGGUGCUGGUCCCGAGGAUCUCAUUCCAAUCUGCCUAGAUAAGGACCGUUGGACUGCCGUCGCCAUCAUGGGUGUCCUCCUAUCUGGUGCUGGCUAUGUGCCUCUGUCUCCAGAGCAUCCAGUCUCACGACAUCAGCAGAUCAUCCAUGCUUGCAAGCCGUCCAUCCUGCUUUGCUCACCGUCGUACACAUCCCGAUUUGAAGGCAUGGUGAAGCACGUCUUUGGUAUUGCUGAGACUUCACUAAGACUUCUACCUGCCUGCCCACUUCCACUUCCGCAAUAUGCCAAGAGCAAUAAUACUUGCUAUGUUAUCUUUACCUCUGGUAGUACAGGCGUACCAAAGGGAGUGGUCAUAGAGCACAGGAAUGUGACUUCCAGCUCAGCUGCCAUCUGCGAGGCACUCCACAUCACACCGUCUUCCCGAGUUUUCCAAUUCUGUGCACUGGUUUUCGAUGUCUCUGUUGCUGAGAUUCUCUCUACGCUACUCAUUGGAGCCACAGUCUGUAUGCCGUCCGAUCAGCAACGCACCACGGAUCUGGCGUCAACAAUCACCUCACUGAGGGCCGACUGGGCUUUCUUGACUCCAGCAGUGGCCAACGUACUUGAAGGCCCCGAUUUCGUACCUACUCUCAAAACAUUGACUGUUGGAGGCGAUGCAAUGACUGCUGAAGUCAUCAACAAAUGGGCAUCUAGGGUUAAACUGCAAAAUGGCUAUGGUCCAACCGAGGGCACCAUCUUCGCUGUCACGAACGAUCAGGUUUCUGUUCAGCGCGACGUCUCUAACAUCGGGCGUGCCCUCAAGACCGGACGCGCAUGGCUGACAAACCCCAACAAUCCCGAUCAGCUUGCCCCAGUUGGAGGGACAGCCGAGCUGUGCCUGGAAGGAGCACAUCUGGCACGGGAGUACAUGAACGACCCUGAGAAGACUGCAGAGACUUUCAUCGAAAAUCCUACAUUUCUCAAAGAAUUCUCUAGUGUUGCUAGAACCCGUAUCUAUCGCACCGGAGACCUUGUUCACUAUGCGCCCGAUGGGUCGAUUCUCUACAUCGGACGAAGAGACAACCAGAUCAAACUCGCUGGGCAACGUAUGGAGCUUGGCGAGGUCGAAUCCAAUCUCCAGGCCGAUGGCACCAUUUCUCAAGUUGUUGUACAGCUACCCAAGGCCGGCCCUUGUGCUAAGAAACUCACGGCUGUCAUAAGCUUCUCCGGUAGUACUAUGGCGCAUGCGAAAUCUGAGUGGAACACGCCACUUUUCGAUACAGAUACCCUGUCAUUGAUUAACCACGCAAAGGAAAGGCUGGUGGAGCUAGUUCCCCCGUACAUGGUGCCUAUCAUCUGGAUAGCUGUUCCUCGCAUUCCCUCCCUGGCAUCAGCCAAAUUUGACAAAAAGCAAGUGAGCUCAUGGCUGGAGAAUCUAGAAGAUGCCAUGUAUCAGAAGAUUGUGCAAGCAGAACUCGCUGCGGAUGUAGGUGAAAUCAAUAGCGAUGCCGUUACUGUCCUUCGUCGGAUCUGGGCCAAGACAUUGGACGUCUCGAUAGAAGACGUUAAACCAAAUCGGUCGUGGUUGUCAUUGGGAGGUGAUUCAAUAACGGCGAUGAAGUUGAUCGCUAAAUGCAGAGCUGAGGGUAUUCAAAUCACACUGAACCAGGUCCUCCGAGCCAAGUCGCUCGCGCAUCUUGCCGAGAGUGUGAAAUUCACAGCUACCCUGCACCACGAUGAAGAACAACUGGACAAGCCCUUCAAUUUGUCGCCUGUUCAGCGAUUCUACUUCGAAACUGCCGGCAAUGAGCAAAAUACGCACUUCAAUCAGUCAUCCACGUUGCGUCUCUCUAGGCACAUUGAGCCAGCCGCUUUGAAGCAUGCUCUUGACGAAAUUGCUGCAUGCCAUGCAAUGCUGCGUGCUCGAUUCUUCAAGAACGCUUCGGGAGAGUGGCAACAGCUCGUUGGGCCGGUUGCGAAUUCAUACAACUUUGAGGUUCAUCGCGUAUCGACUGCGUCAUCUGCUAUCUCUGUCGUGUCGGACACUCAAAAGAGCCUCGAUAUCCGAACAGGCCCAGUCUUUGCCGUUAACCUAUUUGACAUUCAAGGCGAGCAGAUACUUUUCAUGGCGGCCCACCAUCUUGUCAUCGAUCUCGUCAGCUGGGGCAUGAUUACACAAGAUCUCGAGGACCUUCUCGCAUCUGGAAACCCGGCCACGAAGCCACAUAAAGGACUGUCUUUCCAGGCCUGGUGUGAGAGACAACAGGCAAACGCAUUGGACACAGUUCAACAGCUGUCUGUGCGAAAGCAGCCACUUGUUGUGGAACCAGCAAAUCUCGCUUUCUGGGGUAUGGACACUCGACCCAACAUCUACGGCGACGUUGAAAGAGACGACUUCAGUGUCUCCAGAGGUGUCACUGCUAUGGCUCUUCAAAAUCAUCAUGUUUUCAAAACUGACCUCGUCGACAUCUUCCUCACGGCAAUUGUUCAUUCCUUUUCCCGUGUCUUCAUCAACCGCAAGGUUCCAACCAUCUUUAAUGAGUCUCACGGUCGUCAGGUUUGGGAUACAAGCAACAUCGACCUUUCUCGGACAGUAGGCUGGUUUACAACGAUGUAUCCAGUGACUAUCCCGAUUGGUGAGGAUGAAGAUGAAGUUCUUCACACUCUCCGACAAGUCAAGGAUACACGUGCAAAGAUCCCAGACAACGGAAGACCUUACUUCGCACACCGCUUCAUAACAGAACAUGGGAAGCAGCACUUUGCGAACCAUGCGCCAAUGGAAGUCCUGUUCAAUUACCUCGGCCAUCAAGGGCGAUCUAGCGCUGGAAAGUCUUUGCUACAGCCUACGCAGUUUGAGGGCGAUGACGGAGACGAGACUUCGGAUGUUGGCGUAAAAACCACUCGCAUGGCGCUAUUCGAGAUUUCCGCGCUCAUUUCUGACGAGGAGAUCCAGUUCAGCUUCAUGUACAACCGCCAUUCGAAGAACCAGAAAGGGAUUCGCAGAUGGAUGGCCGAAUGCCAGCGUACUCUGGAAGAAAUCGCGACUGAGCUAGCUAAGACGGAAAAGCCGCAGCCAACAAUGGCAGACUUUCCUCUUCUGCCUCUGGAGUCAUACAGUCGCCUUGAUCGCGUACUUAAGACUCUUCCGAAAGCCGGUAUUCCGUCAUUUGAUCUUGUCGAGGACAUGUAUCCCUGUUCGCCAAUCCAAGAGGGAAUGAUACUAGGUCAAAUCAAGUCACCCGGAUCAUCCUGGUCCACGAUGAUCUUUGAAGUCAAGGCCAGGCGAGGCGCAGUCGACCCCAAGAAAAUCGUCGCUGGAUGGAGGCAGGUCGUUGCUCGCCAUCCAGCUUUGCGCACCGUUUUCGUGGACAGUGUUUGCAAGGGCGGCGUGUUCGAUCAGGUUGUGCUCAAGGAUCCAGACUCUGGUGUCGUUAUAUGCUCAUGCAGUGACGCUGAGUUGACUGCGAUGCUGAAGUCAAUCAAGCACAGCUCUCUCAACGGCAAGAAGAAACCUGCUCUUCCACAUCAAGCUGCUGUCAUUCAGACUAGCUCAGGACGAGUUGUUGUCAAGAUCAUUGUUAACCACGCCAUAAUUGACGGAGGCUCGCUCGCAGUCAUUGAAAAUGAUCUUCAGGAAGCAUACGAAGGGCGUCUUUCAGGUGAAGGACCACUUUACAGCGACUACAUCAAGUACCUUCGUGAACUUCCUAGCGAUGAGGCUAUCACGUACUGGAAAGCCAAACUUCGUGGCGUUGGCCCAUGCUAUUUCCCAACCACGGCUCGGGGUACCGGUCAAAAACGACAGCUCAAGUCAUUCGAUAUGCGGUUCACUCGCUUUAGCGAGCUUCACGAUCUCGCAGAGAGCCACAACGUCACAUUCGCCAACAUUUUCCUAACAGCUUGGGCGCUGGUACUGCGCUCUUACACCAAGUCAUCCGACAUUUGCUAUGGUUAUCUUACGUCUGGCAGAGACGUACCUAUUCAAAAUGUCGAGAGCGCUGUCGGUGCAUUUCUCAACAUGCUGGUUUCGCGUGUCAAGAUGAGCUCGUCCUCUCAACUGCUACACGUCAUUGAAAGAGUACAGUUAGACUUCAUUGAAUCGACUGAACACCAACAUUGCUCUCUCGCUCAAUUCCAACACGACUUAGGAUUAUCUGGAAAGUCUCUCUUCAAUACUGCUGUCUCGAUUCAGAAACGUUCCGGCCUCGAUGAAGAGACAGGGUCGACUUCGGGUAUCGAGUUUGAGCAGUUGGAUGGCCAUGAUCCAAGUGAAUUCGCCAUCACAGUCAAUAUUGACGCUACAAGGAAUGAUGAGGGCGUGCGAUUCACUUACUGGAGUGAUGCAGUCACAGACGUGGAGGUGAAGAACGUCUCGGCUCUUAUGUCGACAAUCUUGAUUCAAGCUUUAUCCAACGCCAACCAGACGAUUGGAGAGUUGGAUGCUGUCUUAAAUGGAAAGUCCAAGGUCCAAGGUCGUCCCACGCCUCCAAUGCUACGGCCGUCCAUUCUUCGAUCUGGGUCAAGCAUUUCUACCAAGUCAAUCUCUCCGCCUGCUACGCCUCGAAUCAACUUUCCAGAUCUCAACCCAACGGUGCCUUCAUCAGCUGAGGCGCCCGAUUGGAGCAACCUCAUUCGAUCAAUUGUCAGCGAGAUGGUUCCUCAGAUUGUCAGUCAAAUCAUAACUCAGAAUAAACUUCCUGCGGAGACAACGUCCACUACGAUCAAUCAAAUGACUAGUCAGAUGACGGAUAUGCUGAGCAGGAAAGCAUCUAUGUCGCACCGUGCUGGCAACAGCGUUGAUAUUCCUAGUAUACCAAUGGGUUCUACCCGACCAGAAUCUGUCGUCUCUCGCCGCAUGAGCAUUGUUAGCACAUCGGAAAGCCGUAUUCAAACGGCUGCCGAUAUGGUCGCUCACAUUGGCACCUUUGCCACUGACAAUUCAGCCAAAGUUGCUCCGGACUUUGUGGAGAAGAAGCUUCUCAGCUUGUGGAGUGAACUGCUAGAGAUGGUUGAAGACACGAUCGAGGAAGAUCACAGCUUCUUCCAGCUGGGAGGUGAUAGCAUCAUCGCUAUGCGUCUAGUUGGCGCUGCAAGAGAAGAGGGAUUGUCAAUGACCGUUGCUGAUGUAUUCAGGAACCCAACAUUCGCGGACAUGGCUCGGGUGGUACGCGUCGCUGGUGAAGUCAUCGACGAAGUCAUGUCACGGGCUGGCGGCGAGUCAGUGGCUGACGGAGAUGUUGGAGAACCAUCGAAGCACCGACACACCGGAUCACGUGGAAGAGCUGCAUCCAUCUGGAGCGACAUCAACUCCAUUGCUUCCGAAUUCAGGAUCGAUCAGAAAAGCAUAGCUCCUGAGGAUCCGUCGGCUCCGGCUGAACCUGAAGUUACGAAGAACGACACAGUGUUCAACAAAUGGCAAGGCUUCUCAAGCAUCCAAGAACGGCCAUCGACGCCACGAAAAGUCUCAUACAAGGUGACAGUGCCGCCUCAGACUGUUCAUGAGGGUGUCGAGAGCUCCAACCACAAGUCGGUGUCACUUCUCGGCGAUCCAAAUGUUGACAGUGUUAUCUCGAAAGUGCACGUUUUCAAGGGCGGCAUCUCUGAUGUUUUCCCUGUGACGGAUUUCCAAGCCCUCGCCAUCACGGGCUCCAUCAUGGAAUCGAAAUGGAUGCUCAACUACUUCUACAUGGACGGGCAAGGACCACUCGACCUCCGCAAACUAAAGCGAGCUGCUUACCGCACAGUGCAGGCCUUCGACAUCUUGCGCACUGUGUUUGUCCCCUAUGGCGAUCGCUUCCUGCAGGUCGUUUUGCGGAAGCUCCAACCCGAGUUCAUGUAUGAGCAGACCGAUGAUGAUCUCGACACUUUCACGAGAGGCUUGCAACAAAGAGAUCGCGAGAUGGGUCCACGGAUUGGCGAGGCCUUCAUCCAAUUUGUUGUUGCAAAGCAGAAGCAAACGGGCAACCAUCGUAUCUUUAUGCGACUUUCGCAUGCUCAGUACGAUGGCGUUUGCAUGUCAAAGAUCCUCACUGCGCUCCAGGAUGGCUACAACGGUCUUCCAGUCUCUUCUGCCCCAAGCUUUGGCAACUUUGUUCGAGAGACUGCCAAAACGGUGACUGGAGCCCACGAACACUGGAGAGAAGUCCUGCGUGGCUCCAAGAUGACCGAGAUUGUCAAUCACUUCGGUCCAAGCUAUCAACGCGCAGCUGGCCGCUCCAUCACACUAGAGGGAAAGGUUACGGCGCCCUCGCUGAAGCGCUUCGACAUCACUAGCGCCACCGUUGCCAAGGCAGCCUGGGCAUCCACUCUCGCUCGUAUCGCUAGCAAGGCUGAUGUUGUUUUUGGUCAUGUCAUCUCUGGUCGCAAUGGCAGUGUUGCCAAUAUCGAAAACAUUGUCGGACCCUGCUUGAACAUGGUGCCUGUUCGCGUCGUCUACCGACCAGAUUGGACAGUGCUUGACCUGCUUCGCAACAUUCAAGAGCAGCAGAUCUUGAAUAUGCCGUUUGAAGCUCUCGGAUUCCGCGAGAUUACUCGUCACUGCACGGAGUGGCCUGACUGGACCAACUUCUCGAGCAUCUUGCAACACGACCAGAAUGCCCAAGCUACUCAUCAGGUUAUGCAACUAGGUGGCAUCGAGUACACUGUCAGCGCUCUGGGUUCUCAAGAAGACUUUGCAGAUCUAUCCAUACAUACCAUCUCACGACCUAACAAUGAGAUGGAAGUUCGCUUGACGUAUGCCCCGAACAGUACGAUCACUGCCGAUUUCGCACAAAACGUUUUCGACAUGCUUUGCGCCAACAUCAUCGCAUUCUCUCAAGACCCGCGCGAUCUUUUGCCAUCGCCUUCCGAGCUCAGCUCCCAAAAGCCAUCAACCAUCAACCCUGAGAGGGUGCGCAAGAAAUCUGCCGAGAAGCAGCCUAUGGGUCUACCAUCAGACACUGGUCUUUCUCGCGACGAAACCAACUCUGUUGCCGAGACACUGCGCGCAGCGUGGGAGCAGAUCCUGCAUGACGAGAAUGGCCUGCCAGCACCCAUCGAACUCAACUCAGACUUCUUCCAGCUUGGCGGCGACAUCAUGGGCCUAGCGCAAGUCGCCUCCAUCCUUGAUCAAGAUGGACUCAAAGUCCGAGUCGAAGACCUUCUCGACAAGUCCGUCUUCUUCGAUCAAAUUUACAUUCUCGCGGCAGAGCGAAAGAAGCAGAUUGCGAUUGAGUCGCAGAACCCCUGGGGUGAACGGAUGAGAUCGAAAGUUGAGGAGAAGCCCAAGGAGAAGAGAGGCAGCAGUGCAUUGGGCAUGUUUGCAAAGAAGAUUGGGUUCAAGAGGAAGGACAGUUCAAAGGAAAUGAAGGCACCGUGAUGAGCAUGAUGCAAUGUUGAAAUGGUUUGAGAGGUUUUGUUCACUUGGGAUUUUACCAAACUGGCGGCGUCACAAGGCUGUCUUGUCACACUCGUUUCCACUCUUUCCCUUUGUCUGGCGUUACAAAUUGUCUUAUUUGGGAAUAAAUAACGGGAGAUGCAUGGUUUUCAUUCAUUUUACUUCACUAUCGUCUCUCCAGCUAGGCACUCCAAUCUCAUAGUUGAAAUAUUUCUUCAAUC